AUGGGAAGUCGAGCGAGCGCUGAGAAAAUGAGCAUCCCCCUCUCUCGCUCUGAGGUGUUCGGGCAGCUGAGGAAGGAGCUGUAUGAGGAUGUGGAGUUCAGGCAGUCCGAUGCCCAUGUCUUCAUCAUCAUGGGAGCGUCGGGGGACCUAGCCAAGAAGAAAAUCUACCCCACUUUAUGGUGGCUGUUCAGGGACGGCCUCCUCCCAGAGGAGACCUACUUUGUGGGCUUUGCCCGCACGGCGCUGACCGUGGAUGCCAUCCGUGCCGCCUGCAUGCCUUACCUGAAGACAGUGGGCUCUGAGGCAGAGAAGCUGAAGGAGUUCUUCAGCCGCAACACGUACAUCAGCGGGCGCUACGCGGAAGAGGACUCCUUCGCCAAGUUGCACACGCACAUCCAAACACUGCCGGGCGGCGUGGACGCCAAUCGCCUCUUCUACAUGGCCCUGCCGCCCACCGUCUACCACGACGUCAGCAAGAACAUCAAGCACCACUGUAUGAGCACCAAAGGCUGGACCAGGAUUAUCGUGGAGAAGCCGUUCGGGCGGGACCUGGCGAGCUCUGAGGAGCUGUCCACUCACCUCUCCUCGCUGUUCACCGAAGACCAGAUCUACCGCAUCGACCACUACCUGGGCAAGGAGAUGGUGCAGAACCUCAUGGUGCUCAGGUUCGGCAAUCGCAUCUUUGGGCCCAUCUGGAACCGGGACAGCAUUGCCAGUGUGGUCCUCACCUUCAAAGAACCCUUCGGCACCCAGGGGCGAGGGGGCUACUUUGAUGAUUUUGGCAUCAUCCGUGAUGUCAUGCAAAACCAUUUGCUCCAAAUCCUCUGCCUUGUUGCCAUGGAGAAGCCGGCUUCAACCAGUUCAGACGACGUCAGGGACGAGAAGGUGAAAGUACUGAAGUGCAUCACCCCGGUCACCAUGUCGGACGUGGUGCUGGGCCAGUACGAGGGGGACCCCGAUGGAGAGGGGGACGCCAAGCUGAGUUACCUGGACGACCCCACGGUUCCCAAGGGUUCAACCCAGGCCACGUUCGCCACGGCGGUUCUCUAUGUGCACAACGAGCGAUGGGACGGCGUGCCCUUCAUCCUGCGCUGCGGGAAGGCCCUGAACGAGCGCAAGGCGGAGGUGCGGCUGCAGUUCACCGACGUGCCCGGGGACAUCUUCGGCAAGCAGUGCCGCAGGAACGAGCUUGUGAUACGCGUGCAGCCCAACGAGGCCGUCUACGCCAAGAUGAUGAGCAAGAAGCCCGGCGUGUACUUCAGCCCCGAGGAGACGGAGCUUGACCUCACCUACAAGAGCCGCUACAAGGAUGUGAAGCUGCCAGACGCCUACGAGCGGCUCAUCCUGGACGUGUUCUGCGGCAGCCAGAUGCACUUUGUUCGCAGUGAUGAGUUGAGGGAGGCUUGGAGGAUCUUCACGCCCAUCCUUCACCAGAUCGAGAACGAGAAACCGAAACCUGUCCCUUAUAAAUAUGGAAGUCGCGGGCCGACGGAGGCGGACGAGCUCUCCAAGAAGGUGGGCUUCCGCUACGAGGGCACGUACAGAUGGGUCAACCCCCACAGACUGUGAGCCCGGCGGGGGCGCGCUUCCACCAGAGGCCUGGAGGGGGGACCAGAGGGCGGUCUGCCGGGAGCGCAGCGCAGGCUGGGGGGCCUGGAACAGUGUCUCAUGUCGCAGGAAGAAUCCCUACCAGUUAAUGAACAAGAGGCUUUGUGGAUUAUUAUUAUUAUGUACAAGGUGCAUAGCAGGAUUCUCAGGUGUGGUAUUCAUGUUUAUGCUCAGUUAGUACGCUGGGGCCAGUUUGUUAGAAACUGGUGAACUAUAUUUUGUGUCUUCAUAUAAUACCAUAACUAUAAUGUUUACUAUUCAAGGCUUCUUCAAAUGAACGUAGCAAUAAGGCUUUCAUGGCAUCCCCUCGUUGUGAUGUUGAUACUUAGGACAAAAAAUUACGGUGGGUCUGUAUUAGAAAGGCAAUAAUUAUACUCAUUAAUAUCUUGGAUAUAUAUAGGUUUGUAUGUUGCUUGGUAAAUUAUGAACUUAGAAAGUGUCCAGUGCAUCUGCCAUGAGUAGGAAAAGGUGAUGAGAGCAAUGCAUUACACACAGAAAGCACUUAACGGAGCCGUGACCCGGGCGUUUACCACUUUACCAAACAAAGGUCACAGAGCAGACAACAAAGUAGAUUGUCCACCAGCUGUUACUAUAACAUGUAUAUAGACUUUGAGAUUGUAUGAAUAUGGGGUGCAUUGGCUGCAAAUCCUGAUUAGCGGAUUAUUAUGAUUCUUUCUUACAUUGUAUAUUUAGGCUCCCGCUUCCGCUGCUCGGGACCAAGGCUGUGCACAGCAUCCAUUCUGUGGCCGUGUGAGCUUGAAUUGUGUUUCAUAUUGUUCCAGCUUCUCUCUAGCGUUGAUACAUGAGCAGUCUUAACCACGCCUAACGGACACAAACCCAGUGUUUGUCAGCUGCCUCUGGUCAUUCCCUUGUUUUUGUUUACAUUUCUCAAAAAGCAUAUUUAAGUUGCUGAUCAUUCCAAAUUUGAAACGGGGGGGGGGGUCAAUUAAGAGGGUUUGUAUUGCUGGUAUACAGUCAAGUUUAUUUGGCACACUAGAUUAAUUACCUUUCAAUAAACAAGUCUUUCAUUGA